AAUAGGACAACCAACGACUCCUCACACAUUCUCCAUUUCUUUCUAUAAAAUAAUCUAAAAUCCCACACACUUCAUCAACAAAAAAAGAAUAAUCUUUUACAAAACCCCUCAAUCAAAAAAAGAUGGAAGAAUCCAUUUGUAUUCAAAAACCCAAUUCUCAAAAUGACCAAAAAUUCAAGAAUUGGAAUAUUUUUUCUUCAGAUCUUACAGAGAAAAUCCUCUCUUACCUCCCAAUUCGUUCUAUAAUUAUUGCUUCCUCUGUAUGCAAAAUCUGGAAUUCUAUAAUCACUUCUUCUUCUUUCACUACCAAAAUCUCUGCUACAAAAAAGCCAUGGCUUUUUCUCUGUGGCCAAAACAGCAUUUUUUACAACAAUAACCAACCAUUUGCUUAUGACCCAGAUGCCAAUGAAUGGAUUUCACUUCCCACUUCAACCCUUUUGUCCCAAGAUUUCUUUAUUGGUUCAAAUGGUUUUUUCUUUGCUACAACUUCUGAAAAUUUCAGUUUUAGGCCAAUUUUCAAUGGAAUUUGGGUCCAAACAAGCCCUUCGAGGUUCUCCAGGUGUAAUCCUCUUGUGGGUGUUUACAAUAUUGAUGAUGGGGGGCUAAACCCAAGAUUCAUUGUUGUUGGUGGUGUUAGAUUUGUUGGUGGAUUAGUUGAUGUUGAGGACCGUUUGGCUGUUGAGAUUUAUAAUCCAAAUCUUGAUUCUUGGGAACUGUGCCCACCUUUGCCAACAGAUUUUAGGUCAGGGAAUUCAUCACAGUGGUUAUGUUCAGCUUUAUUGAGAGAAAAAUUCUUCUAUGUUUUUGGGAUAUAUUCUUGUUUUAUUACAUGUUUCAAUCUGGAUGAACAUUUGUGGAGUGAGGUACAAACACUUAGACCACCUGGGAUAUUGUUUUCAUUCUUGGUUUCUUGUCAAGAUUGUUUAGUCUUAGGUGGAUUAUGCAAUUCACCAAAUGGACCAAAUUUUGUUCUUUGGAAGGUUGAUGAGAAAACAAUGGAGUUUAGUGAACUUGCUAUAAUGCCUAAUGAAUUGAUGUAUUGUUUGUUUGAUAGUGAUGAGGAUGACAAAUUUGCUAGUUUAAAAUGUGUUGGAUUGGAGAAUCUUGUUUAUGUGUACAAUGAAGAGCAUCAUAAGAAUUACCCUGCUUGUGUUUGUGAAUUUAGUAACGAUUUUGGUAAGUGUAGUUGGAGGAAGUUGCCUAAUUUGCCACCACAUGCUAGUAAGUUUCAUAGAGUGAUUAGUUUUUGUUCAAAUGUUUCCCUUGAUAACAUUCUUGUUGGUGCAAGAAAUUGAAGUUAAGCAGUGUGGUGGGAUGGAUGAGAUUCUUCAUUUUUAAUCAGAGUUCUCGGACUUAAGCUUUGAAGACGAAGAAAUUCAUGAUAAAGUAUCAAGAGCAUCAAUUAAUGUGUCCUAUGGUGUGAGUCCAGAUUUGUUUGAUUUAGAAUACUUGAAACUUCACUAGCAAACAGUGUGGUGGAAAUAGAUGAGAUUUUUUCUCCUUAAUUAGAGAUAUCAAUUUCGAUUUUGAGAUGAAGAAAUUCAUGGUAGGUGGGAAGUGCGUCACCGUUAAGUGGACUCCUAUGCAAUGCGAAUCUAGAUUUUUGGAUGAAUUUCUGUUGGUUGGUUAUCGAAAGUUUCGCCUUUAUUGAUGAGAGUUCGAUUUCCACCUAUUUUGUAAUCCAUUUCCUCUUUACCUGCCCCAAUAUUUCAAAAGAACAGAAAAAAAAAUAGAAACAAGAUUUAAGUACUAGAUACUUGUUCUUGUUUCCAGAAUUAUAUGCAAAUUAUUAUAGUACUUUUUUCAAGUUGUGCUCGUUGAUGAAAUUUUCUCAGUUAAAGAC